CUUCUCUUCCUUCGAAGCCACGCCUUAAUAAGAUAAUUUUCUCUUUCAUUGAUCAUUAAAAUUAAAAAACCCUUCAAAAAAUUUAAAUAAAGAUUUAUUCUUUGAUCAAAAUCUUGAGUCUCAGUUCCCAAAAUGGCAUCUGGGUCAUCUGAUCGCUCAAAUUCGGGUUCUAAAGGAUUUGAUUUCGGAACUGAUGAUAUUCUUUGCUCUUAUGACGAUUUCAAUAACAAAGAUUCUUCUAAUGGUAUCCAUUCGGAUCCUGUAAUCGGGUCUAACUCUUCCAAGCAGGAUUAUCACAAAAGCAGAAUGUCGAGGUCUUCUGUGUUCCCUGUGUCGUCCUACAGCCAGCCAGAAGAUUCAUUCAGUCCAGAUGUUCUCUCUGUUAUCGAGAGAAGCAUGAAAAAGCAUACUGAUAGUCUGAUGCGUUUUCUGGAGGGGGUCAGUUCACGGCUUUCCCAGUUGGAACUAAAUUGUUACAACCUUGACAAAUCAAUUGGGGACAUGCGGUCUGAUUUAGUUCAGCACCGAGCAGAUGGCGAUUCAAAGCUUAAAUCUUUGGAGAAACAUCUUCAAGAAGUUCAUAGGUCCAUCCAGAUCCUAAGAGACAAACAAGAACUUGCCGAGACUCAGAAAGAAUUGGCCAAGCUUCAGCUUGUGCAGAAAGAGCCCUCUUCGUCAAACCAUUCUCAAUCUGACGAAAAAGCUUCACCACGUGCCUCUGAUCCCAAGAAAACUGAUAACUCGCCCGAAAUUCGUAACCAACAGUUGGCACUUGCUCUGCCCCACCAAAUAGUACCCCAGCAACAACCUGCACCUGUGCCUCCACCGAGUCAAGCUCCUCCUCAGAAUGUGAGACAACAGCAAUCUUAUUAUUUACCUUCAGGCCAACUACCAAAUCCGCCAGUCCAGGCUCAACACCCGCAGGGCCAAUAUAUGCCUGCUGAUUCUCAAUACGGGAACCCCCAAAUGCAAGACAUGACUCGGGUAGCACCACAGCCAGCACAGACACAAGUAAAUCAAACGCCACCAGGUCCACAGUAUACCCAGUAUCAGCAGCAGUGGCCCCAGCAGUUACCUCAGCAGGUGCAAGCACCACAACAGCCCUCGAUCAGGCCCUCGUCGCCAGCUGUCUAUCCUACCUAUCCACCACCUAGUCAACAAGCAAAUUCAUCUCCGCCGGAGACGAUGCAGAACAGCAUGCCUUUGCAGUUGUCAUAUACGGCAAUUCCUCAACCCAUAUCCAGUGGUGCCGAUACUCUACCUUACGGGUAUGGAGCUGGUAGACCAGUUCCUCAGCAGCCUCCGGCUCAGCAAGUUAAGGGUCCGUAUGGAGGUCAACCGGGCGAUGGAUAUACAACUGGUGGACCCCAUUCUGCACUUCCCCCUGGGAGUCCAUACAUGAUGUAUGAGACUGAAGGGGGAAGAACACAUCAUCCACCUCAACAACCUCACUUUACCCAGGGUGGAUAUCCUCCUAACAAUAUUGGUCUCCAAAACUCGCAGCCAGCUUCCGGCCCGAACAUGAUGAGUCGUAAUCCAAGCCACUCGCACUUUGCACGUAACCAUCCUUACAGUGAAUUGAUCGACAAGCUGGUAAGCAUGGGUUUUAGGACAGAGCAUAUUGUUGCUGUGAUACAGAGGAUGGAAGAGAGUGGUCAGCCUUUGGAUUUCAAUGCCGUGCUUGAUAGGUUGAGCAAUUCUUCCGGUGGUUCUCAAAGAGGUUGGUCAGGAUGAAGCGGGUAAAUUAUCAGGCAUCAAACAUCGAACCAGUGAAGAGUGGGGUAUUAAGUUAUGUUACAUUUAAAUAAAGGCAGACAAUGAUGGACGGUAUUUUAAUGGAGUAGUUUGUAUAUCAUGUAAUCUUUAAUUCCUCGUCUUACUGAGUGUAAUGGGUGUUCUCUCCAUGGUUUUUUUAGAAGGGAGAAAUCCAGUUGCAGUUUUAAGCCUUUUGAUUUUUGAAGGAUGAAACAUGCAUUUUUACCAGGCUUUGCAUCAUGUCAUGUCUAACCGUUUGGAAUAAUAUUUCCCCUAUUGUGAUCCAUGCAAAUCUUUGCGUUCUCUGUUA